CCAAUCAGGAGCGGUUUCCGGCGCGGCCAGUCUGAGGUGACUCCCGGCUCAGGCCCCGCGGCUCCCGGGCCUCGCGCUCACUGUCCGCCACCCGCCGCCCGCGACAAUGGCGGCCAACACGCUGUCCAACCGCUUCCGGAAGCUGGACAUCGACGAGUUUGACGAGAACAAGUUCGUGGACGAGCAGCAGUUGGAGGAGGCCGGGGAGCCCGGCCCGGACGAGGUGGAAGUGGACACUUUAAUCAGACAAGGUAACUUGUUUAACGCAUUCCAAGCCGUAUUAAGGAGUCCUCCUGUCAACAUGAAGAAUCAAGUAGUAAAGGAGCGUGCCCAGGGAAUAGUACUCAAAGUCCUUACGUCGUUCAAGAGUAGUGAAAUAGAACAGGCUGUUAAGACAUUAGAUAAAAAUGGAAUUGACCUUUUAAUGAAGUACAUUUACAAAGGCUUUGAAAAACCUACAGAAAACAGCAGUGCUAUAUUACUCCAGUGGCAUGAAAAGGCACUCGCGGUAGGUGGAGUGGGUUCCAUAGUACGGGUCCUGACGGCAAGAAAAACGGUUUGAAAAGGCAAGACACAUGGACAGAAUGCUCUUGUGGUUGGGAAUAACGAGGUGGUUUGUUCCCCUGUUCUCAUUAAAUGAAAUGUAUUAUUUUGAAAAAUUGUAAUUAUGUUGGAAUGCUUUUUAUCUAAUAGAUUGUGGUGAAGAGUUUGAUGUAUUUACUGUAUGUUUUGGUCAAGUAUUGACAUAACGCAAGCUCUUGCACAUCCUCCCUUUCUAGCUCCAUUUUCGUUUUUACCUUUUUAUAGAAUUUUUUUUGUCUUAUGAGAAACCAAAUAUUGUGCGACUUGGACGGGCCUGUCCCUCCCAUCCCCACCCCCCGCGACAGACAGAAAGGUGGUUGCUGCUUGUGCUCAAGUUAGAUAUUUUUACCCACUAUUGUUUGUGCCACAUGGAGUAAUGGUGACAUAUUUAAAAAAGGCUUUGGUGUCAAUGCAGUACAUGCAGUAUUAGGAUUUACAUUUUAUUUCUUUGGGUCAUUUUCAAACCUUCAGGGUUUUUCGUACUGUCAUCGGGUAGGUUUAGUAUGACACACACAUGCAAUAGUGUUAGCUGGACGAAACCAGGGAUGAAUUCAUUGUAAAGUGCCUGCUGCAAAAUAAAGCUCUUUGAUCAUCUUUUACCGGA